ACUUGUGGACGCACGUCGUGUACAUAUGAUCUUGUGUUAUGCUGCCCUACGCUUAACCUUACAUAUUUCUGCGUGUGUGGGCCAUACAACGCGCCCGAUCGCGCCGAAUCCGAUUUCUGGAAAAAUGCGCGAUGCUAGCAAAAAUAUCGUGAAACGUCAGCGUAGCGUCACCCUCUGUAUUAGUAGAUCAGUAGAGCAUCAGUAGAAGUAGGCAGUAAGCGGCGUGCGCGCGUGUGAUCCUCUCCCCUCCUUCCCUUUUCUCGUACGGGACUCAGGUGAAACUACCCAACCAUGCCAGCCAUCCGUGGGAUCCGUCGGUUCUACAGUUACCUGGGACGGUGGGUGCGCCCGUACGAGAAAGAUGCCCCAAAGAUGGCAGCGCCAGCAAGUCCGCACACACCCGCGGAGGUGCAGCGCCAGCCAUCACAGAAAGGGGGCGCCGCUGCUCCACCCAGUGCCCUUGCCAAGCAUGCUCACAGACUUCUCACCACGCUCAACAAGCUAAGGAAGGAGGGGGUGCUGUGUGACGUAACGUUCGUGUGCGACGGCGGUGGGACAACCCCUGCCCAUCGCGUCAUCCUGGUGUCAGCUGGCUCCCAUUUCAGGGAAAUCCUCCAACAGCAUGCGUCCAGAAAUGUAACGGAAAAUGACAGGAGCAGUGCGCAAGAUUUCCGUGGAGCUACGAAAAUCGAAAUCGACCUGAGAGGGUCCGGGCUUGCCGCAUCCGCUGUGGAUAAAGUCGUAGAGUACACGUAUCUUUCCGAUAUCGAGUUACUCCUAAGUGGGGAUGCGGUGGAAAGAAAGGAGAUCGCGAAAGUCGCAAGGUACUUCAAGUUGUCAUCCGUCGAGCAGGCUGUUAUGAAUUUCAAAAUGGAGAAUCGCGUUCCCGCACUCUCCGAGCCCUCAAAGAUGCUUCACAUCCAGGGCAUCCUCAAGCACAUCAACCAGUUUCGCAGGGACGGUUUUCUGUAUGACGUCACGCUGAUUGUGGAAAGGAGCAGAUCCCCACACACAAGAUCAUGCUGGCAGCGUUGAGCGACUACU